AUGGGCAGAAAAGAAUUUCGUGAAUAUUUGAAACGGAAGGAAUCAGAGGAGAAAGAACUGGAAAGAAAGAAGGCGAUAAUAAAGGACUCGUAUCUUAACAACAAACCGGUACCGUUUCAUCUCCGAUCCGAGGCCCGGGAGCUGAUGGAUGAAAUUAUAUACGAGACAGGCCAACAAAGAGUCUCAAAACCAUUGAAUGUGUAUGUGACCACAUCAAGAGACCCGUCAAGCAGACUGAAACAGUUUGCCAAACACCUUUCACUAAUUUUGAACGCCUCUUCUGUAACACGCGGUAGUAUGACGAUCAAGGAACUAGCCGAACAAAAUUUUGAUGUUUUGGUUAUGGUUGGCGAGUCACAUGGGCAGGCUAAUUCGCUAAUUCUAACAUAUUUUCCGUACGGACCGACAUUCUAUUUCUCUCUGCACAAUGUAAGGCUCCUUUCACGAACUAAGCCUUUUAGUACAAAGGCGCUGCUGAUUUUGGAGAAUUUCGGCACGGACAUUGGGCUCAAGCUGAAACAAAAUUUGAGCUAUAUGUUUCCGAGUGUCGAAAAAGGUAAGCGUGUCGUUGUAUUUCAUAACAAAGAUGACAUUAUCAGAUUCCGACACUACUUCUUGGAACAUAAUCCUGAAGAGGACACUAUACGGUUUGAUAUGAAAUUAUACAAAGUUAUGAAAGGUUCGCUUGAGUUUGAAGGUGAUCCCGAGUGGGAAUUGAGAGCUUUUAUAAAUACCGCUAGCAAAAACAACGUGUUAUAGAGGAUACGUUGUACAGGUACUCUGACAAACGACAGUUGCUAGUAACUAAAUUUAUUCGUCAAA